AUGCCUGACGGAUCCCGGAAGAACGUGGUCUUGCGACGACAGCAGGAGGACUCGACCCGCGCGCAGAGUCUGGAUGAUGGAGCGGCGACAGAACGCACAGCCCUGCUACAGCCUGUGAGGAGUGGUCUGGAAAGAACGGGAGAUGCCAAUGGCAAACCUAUUGUCGACGAUGAUUCGUCAGCAUCGACAUCAAGUAUCGAAGAUGGCGACGGUAACAACACCGCGGCGAACCAGUCGCUGUCACCAAUCCGCGGAGCCUGCAUCGUGGUGGCCCUCGGAGCAUUGAUAUUCCUGCAAGCGACGAACAUCAGCAUGCUCACGGUCAUCCAAAGCGCCAUCGCAAACGAGCUGGACGCAUUCGAGAGAACAUCGUGGUUCACAUCGGCAUACUUGAUUCCUCUUUCAGCUCUCGGUCCGCUCAAUGGCAAGCUCAGCUCGGUCUUCUCGCCACGACAUUGCGUCUUUGCCUCCGCACUCAUCAUGGCCAUCGGAGCACUUCUUUCGUCUUUCGCGGUCAGCUUCGAAGGAUUCGUGAUCGGGCGAGUCGUCACGGGUAUUGGUGCCAGUGGUGUGCUACCCAUUGCCAUCAUCAUCGUGCUGGAAUUCUCUUCAAGUAAGCGCAGAGGACUUGCCAUUGGACUUCUCAACAGCGGCUAUACCGUCGGCGUAGCACUCGGCGCCACGGCAGCAGGAGGCUUACUACCCGUGGUGGGCUGGAGAGCCUUAUUUUGGGCUCAGGUACCUCUCGCAAUCGUCGCUGGACUGGGAUUGUUCCUCUCUAUCCCGCACGCCUUCAGCGCCAGCGACGUCAAGUCUGAAAAGUCCACUUGGUCCCGGCUUCGAAGUCUCGACUACAGCGGCGCCAUCACCUUGACCGCCUCCCUGGUCCUCAUGCUCUAUGCCCUCUCAGCUCCGAAGAAGAUCCCAAUCCUUCCGAUCAUCCUCUCCCUCAUCGUGGCAGCCAUUUUCGUCCAGAACGAAGUCUACUUCGCCUCGGAUCCCAUCAUCCCAACAACACUUCUCAAGUCACGCGGUCUUCUCUUCACCUGUCUCGGCACUCUCGGCUUCAUGAUGGCUCGCUGGUCCGUCUUGUUCUACACCCCGACCUACGCCAUCGCUGUCCGGCAAUGGCCGCCUUCUGUAGCCGGCAGUCUUCUGAUUCCUACCAAUGCUGGAUUUGCCGCCGGUGGUCUACUGGUUGGCUGGCUGCACAUCAAACGGUCUGGAUCGUUCUAUUUGCCUGGAGUCAUUUCUUAUGCGCUCUUUCCGGUAUCGCUGGUCGUACUAGCCAUGCUUUCGCGAGACGACUCGCCUGUAGCGCUUUUCAUCGCGAUGCUGGUGUUGUGUGGCUUUGUCACGGGAGCUGCGCUGAACUACACUCUUGCGCAUCUCUUGCAUCUCACGCCGAAGGACACCCAUUAUGUUGCCAGCGCUCUUCUCGCCACGUUCAGGGGAUUUGCUGGCUCAUUCGGUUCUGCCAUCGGAGGCGGCCUAUUCAUCCGCACGCUGGACACGACCCUCACUGCGCGGUUUGCGGAACGAGGGAUGCAGCGGGACGAUCUCGUACGCCGACUUCUGGGGUCGCCAGCAUUGGUGGAGCAGUUGGAGGGAGUGGAACGAGAGGUCGCUGUGCAAGGUUACGAGGAAUCGUUGAAGUACCUGUGGUUGGCGAUGGCCGGGAUCGCGGUGCUGAUGGUUUUGGUGCAGGCUGCUGUGGGAUGGACAGGACAUGCAGAGAAGGAGAUGCCUAGCUCAAGUUCUGAAAGUGAAACACUGCUGGGCGACGACGACUCGGAACAGCGCUCAUAG